UAACCCAGUGGGUAAUCUCCAUUCCCGGCGCACGGUUGCGAUGCUGUGCCAAGCGUCGCCAUGCAAUGUGCGACGAGCAAGAACAACACGUCACGUACUAGAUGUCGUUAUCUCUGGAAAGGGCGCUGCGCCUAGGGGCCACCAAGCUAGCGCCUAGCCUAAGCUCUACGCUCUAAGCUCUUAGCCCACCAAAGAAGGAAGGACGCUGGCGGCAAAGACGCGGCGUCACCGGGAUCAACGACACAUAGCAAGGUACAGCAAGGUGCACCAAGACGAGCGUAGAGUCCACGUACUUUGUGAUCAAGUGAGUACCGUGUAGUAGCUAUGUCGACGUCACGGACAGGCUGCCAUCAUCGUCAACGCGACAGUUCAAGAUACGGCGCUCGCUGGCGCGCUAGCGGUGCGAUUAGCGCACAGCAACCAGCGCCAACCGGCUAGCUUAGCUCGAGUAAUGAUCAACUGCCAGUGCUGCAGGGAUGACGGCGCCGGCAUCGGGCGGCUCUCGAAUCUUCGCGCGCUCGGUUCGGUUCGCGUAACCGGUUAUCCGCCCUUUCCCAUCCGUAUGUCUAUUUCCCCGUGUUUACGGAAGGCAGCAUCAUUUCCGCAAACUCAUGACGACGACGCUCCACCACCGCCGAGCCGCGUCGCCCGAGACGUCGCCGCCCCGCGCCGGCCGCGCCAAGCCCGCCAAGGAAGAGGUCAACGAGGUCGACGAGGCCGAGAAGAAGAAGGCGUCGUUCAUCAAGCGCUGCAUCACGGGCUUCUCGCUCAUCGGCGUCUACUCGCUCAUCAUCUACGGCGGCCACCUCUACGUCUCGCUGCUCGUGCUACUGCUGCAGACCAUGAUCUUCCGGGAGCUCGUCAACGUCCGGUUCCGCGUCAACGCCGAGAAGAACCUGCCGUGGUUCCGCACGAUUCAGUGGUGCUGGUUUGGCGUCGCGAUGGUCUACAACUACGGCGACUCGUCGCAAGCGUUCUUGCGCGCCGACUCGGAGUACGGCUGGAUCAAGUGGUACUCGCACUACCACUCGUGGGUCUCGUUCUCGCUCUACGCGCUCCUCUUUGUCUUCUCGGUGCUGAGCCUCAAGAAGGGCUACUACAAGUACCAAAUGGGCCAGCUCACGUGGACGAUCGUGACGCUGUGCCUCAUUGUCUUCCAGAUGCGCUACGUGCUCGACAACAUCUUCCAGGGCCUCUUCUGGUUCUUCUUCCCGUCCGCCCUCGUCGUGUGCAACGACUGCUUUGCGUACUUCUGCGGCAAGCUCUUUGGGAAAAAGUUUGUCAAGACCCAGUUUUUGAAGCUCUCGCCCAACAAGACGUGGGAGGGCUUCAUCGGCGCCUUCUUCUGCACGCUCGUCUUUGCCUUCUUCUCGGCCUCGUGGCUUGCGACCUUGCCGUGGAUGACGUGCCCGCUCGAGUCGCUCCCGCAGUUCUUCCCCGAGCCGCUCACGUGCAACGUCCACCCCGUGUUUGUCAAGACCGCGUACGCGGUCCCUGCCUUUGUCACGGCGUACGUCCCGACCUGGACCCACGUCCAGCUCUUCCCUGUUCAGCUGCACGCGAUCGUCUUUGCGAGUUUUACCUCGGUGAUUUCGCCCUUUGGUGGGUUUUACGCGUCGGCCAUCAAGCGUGCGUACAAGCUCAAGGACUUUGACUCGCUCUUGCCCGGCCACGGUGGCGUCAUGGACCGCAUGGACUGCCAGUUCAUCACGGCGCUCUUCACCGCGGUCUACUGCUCGACGUUCAUCUGGUCGUACCACACCAACGUCGAAGCGAUCGUGACGAGCGUGCUCCGUCUCUCGAUCGAUGAGCAGCGCCAGAUCCUGUUGCAGCUCCAGUCGGCGGUCACGGCGUAGUAAGCAUCUACUGCUCAUACACUCGUGUGUCAUUCGAGCACCUCGCGUCUUCUUGCCUGCAAAUUUGUAUCCAGAGAAGUUGGUUUCUUUGUUAAUAAGGGUAUAGCGCUCGGGCGGCUAUCAUAUCUCGACGCGUGGCUUCCAAUGGCCGGCGUCUGCUGGUCUAAUACAUAUCUAAUAAAUGAUACGGGAG